AUGAGCUGCCACGUCCACCCGACGCAGGUCUCCAUCGGUGCCGCCCCGCGCAUGGCGGUGCAGGAGAUGCACCCGGAUGCGAAGCGCAAAGGCCGCCGUGUCGUGGCGACUAUGGAUCUGAAGCCCGGCAACGCGAUCUUCGCCGCCCCACCGGAUAUCGCAGUGCUGUACUCGCCUUUUGCAAGCCACAUCUGCGCCCGGUGCCUUGUCGCCGACGUUCGCGCGUGCGCGGAGCCGCACAAGGCGCAUCACCACCACCCACAUCAGCAGCAGCGCGUUACGCUCUCCCGCUCCCCCAUUGGCGCGCCGUCUUCACUGUCGUCAUCGUCCUCCUCGACUCACGCCACUGCCGCUAGCCCGGUGCGCUCUUACUGCUGUCCAAACUGUGACCAGUUCGUGCUAUGCGCACCCUGUGUGGUUCAGCUGCUGCUUGACAUUGGCGUGGAUGUGAUGAGCUCCGCUGGCACUGACGCGAUCAACACGACCGCCACGGUGCUGCAGCGACGAGGAGAGGGAAAGAGGGGCAUCAGUGUCGUGGAUGAGCGACUCACCCUUCACCCGCUUCUCUGCGCACACGCGAUAUCGUGCGCAUGGUACACCUCCCUCCCCGCCUCCAUCCGCGCACCAGGCAACGAUACGGACUUUCUGCGCUUCUGUCUUGACUAUGGUGCGCGUGCGCACCUUGGCGACACGGCCAUGAUGCGUGCACUGGCGACACUCGACACGAACGCGAGCGUGCAGUCGAGGGAGUCGAUGCAGCUCUGUGAAGUCUUUGCGCGUGACCGCGUUGUGGCGACGUUUGGGAAGGAGCCAAAAGUCACCCCCACUCCCCUCGCCACGGCAGGAUCGGCAAGGCACAUGGGGGGUGAUUCUCUUUCAAACCAAGCCGACGCGCACGCUUCCAUGAACAGCAUCCACCGUGGCGGCGAUAGUGACGGCGCCCGUUACCGCGGCAGCUCAACUGGGGAUCCUUUUCCUCCACGUUACCCCAUUGCUUGGACAGACCUCCGCGACAUUCUUCUUCGAACACGCUGUAACAGCAUCGGCUUCCCGUAUAACACGGAGGAGACGACUGGGUGGUCGCUGCACGAGACGGUGUGCAUGCUGAACCACAGCUGCGUGCCUAAUGCGGCUGUUGUGAUGCUGUAUGACUCUGCGGAUGCCAUGGCGGCGGCGGCGGCGCUGGCAGCACGCACCGGCGCUCCACACAGCGCGCUACCCGAGGGGCGCACGGAGGAGGCGGCUCGUCGAAAAGCCAGCGAGCGCAUUGCCGCAUUCCGGGCUGUCGCGACUUCGUCGGAGUCGCCGCACUCCACCUCGUACUCUCCAUCGCUGGCUGGCUGGAUCGGCAUUGAAGCAACUCGCCCCAUCGCCGCUGGCGAAGAAAUCACGAUCUCUUACGUGGACCUCGGCAGCUUCGGCGACGACCUGCAGACGCGCUCGCGACACCUCCUGGAGCAGUAUCGCUUCCUGUGCACGUGCGAUCUGUGCAUGCGCCAACGUUCUCAGAAGCAGUGA